AUGCACAAAAAAUUCGUCGAAAAUCAUGGUUUUACCCGUGAGCAAGUUUUCAAUGCUGAUGAAACGGGUCUGAACUAUAAAGCACUCCCAAAAAAGACACUCGAUUUUUGUGUGAAUAGUUAUGCACCUGGAUGGAAAAUGCAAAAGCAACGAAUAACAUUGAUGGUUAGCGCAAAUUCAAGUGGUUAUAGGCUCCCAUUAGUUGUAGUUCAUACGGCUCAACGUCCACGUUGUUACACAAAAUCAACCAUGAAUGCUCUUCCUGUGGCUUAUUAUGCUCAAAAGAAUGCUUGGAUGGAUCAAACGAUUUUUCGCGACUGGUUCAUGAACAGUUUUGUUCCAAAUGUUCGAAAUUAUUUAAUGUCGGAAGGAUUAUCACAGAAAGCAGUUUUGGUUCUGCAUAAUGCCCCAUCACAUCCAGUUGAAGAUUUAAAAAGUGAUGAUGGUAAUAUUUUUUGUUAUUUCCUGCCACCGAGUUCAACUGCGGUUCUACAACCCAUGGAUCAAUCAGUAAUUGAAACUUUAAAGCGUCGAUAUCGGAAAAAAUUUAUUCAGGACCUCGUUUCACAAGAGAAUAUUGAUUUGGCAGAUUAUUGGAAGAAUUACAACAUUAAACACGCAAUUGAUAAUGUAGCUGAUUCAUGGUCUGAGUUAUCGUCGACAACAUUGGAAAAGUGUUGGAACAAACUAUGGCCAAAUACAGGAUCGCCUUCGAAUAACAGAGACGAUGUCUCACAGGCUGAUGUUAUGACUAGUACAUCUUCGGCUUUGCCAUUGGAAAAUAGUGAAACGAUCAAUGAAUGGUUGAAUUGUGACGAAAAUGAUUGUGGUUAUGAGCUUUUGACUGACGAACAAAUAAUUAAUGAAGUGAAUGAUGAAGAAGAAAAUAAUGAUGAUUACGAUGGAACAGAUAACAAUAAUGAAAAUGGUCACAAUCCUACUGCUUCAUUUCUAAGACAAGAAGCCAAAAUUGCUGCAUCAAAUUUAGAGAAAUUUAUCGCCUGGUAUGAAAUGCAAGAUGAAGCCGGCUUGGCUGACACGAUUCGUUUGCGCCAAUUUCUUCUUUUCGCAAAGAAUAAAACUCAAGUCACUCUAAAGCAAAAUACACUAACUGAAUUCUUUUGA